GAAACGUUGAAACACAAACUUCCUGUCUGACCACGACCCCAUAUCUUCUCAACUGUGGGUCGUGUUCCUCUCACACCGGCACAGCAGCAGACUCCAACUCGCAGCCGAUAACCUCCACUUCAACCCCACAUUCGGUUCCAGUCACGACUCUGGUGUCACAAUGGAUGUCAGUCCCGUGUCCAUUCACCCGCUUUCCGCCAUCAGACCUGAGAACUGUGUUUGUAUACGCAGCUAGCAUUCAGUCCAGCUGUUCUCUCUCUCUCGAGUGUUUUUCAAUCCAGUCCUUUGCUUUUUUUUAUUUACUUAUUUAUUUAUCGAUAAACUACCUCAAUAAGCCGCGAGUGCUCAGCGAUGAUGGACUCCACCACACUGGCGACUCUGGCUGCGGCCUCCACCGUGGCUGUGGCCUCACAGACCGACAUGUCCGGCUACUUGUGGCUGUUGGUGCUGGGCUUCUUCAUCGCCUUCAUCCUUGCUUUCUCUGUGGGGGCCAACGAUGUGGCCAACUCAUUCGGCACGGCGGUGGGCUCUGGCGUCGUGACCUUGCGGCAGGCGUGCGUCCUGGCCACCAUCUUCGAGACGGUGGGCUCGGUGCUGCUGGGGGCCAAAGUCAGCGAGACCAUCAGGAAGGGCAUCAUUGACGUCCAGAUGUACAACCAGUCCGAGCAUGUGCUGAUGGCCGGAUCUAUCAGUGCCAUGUGUGGUUCUGCUGUGUGGCAACUGGCCGCCUCAUUCUUGAAGCUCCCCAUUUCAGGAACCCACUGCAUCGUUGGCGCCACCAUCGGUUUUUCUGUGGUAGCUCGAGGCCAUCAUGGGGUCAAAUGGAUGGAGCUCCUUCGCAUUGUUGCUUCCUGGUUCCUGUCGCCCGUCCUAUCUGGCAUCAUGUCCGGAAUUCUUUUUUAUUUUGUCCGCAAAUUCAUUCUGAAUGAGGCUGACCCCGUACCAAACGGCCUCCGUGCUCUUCCUGUCUUCUACGCCAUCACCAUGGGCAUCAACCUGUUCUCCAUCAUGUUCACUGGCGCGCCACUGCUGGGCUUUGACAAAAUGCCGUGGUGGGGGACUCUGGGCAUCUCACUGGGCUGCGCUGUGGUCACCGCGGUGGUUGUCUGGUUUGUCGUCUGUCCACGUCUCAAAAGGAAGAUCACAGGUCAAGUGCCUGCGGCCCCUUGUGACACCCCCCUGAUCGAGAAGAAGGCAAGUCCACCUGCACCAGUAGAGGCCCCCAAGAUCUCCCGAGACCCUCCGACCCACUUGCCUCCAUCAGUGGGCGAGAAGGUGGCUUUUAAACUGGGAGGAUCAGAGGAGGCAGAUUUGGACUCUAGUGACAUGGACAUCAUGAAUGGUUUCAAUGGCUCUGUUGGGCCCAUGAUGAUCACAGACCCGCAGAGUGGGCGCUCCCACACCAUCCACAAGGAUUCAGGCCUCUACAAAGACCUGCUGCACAAACUCCACAAGGCGAAAGUGGGUGACUGUAUUGGGGACAGCGACACGGAGGAGCGACCCAUGAGGAGGAACAACAGCUACACCUCCUACACCAUGGCCAUCUACGGGAUCCAAGGAGACGCCAAGUACAAGGAGGUGGACGGCGGGCUGCAGAGGAGGUCCCGGGGGGAGAGCUGCAGUAGCUACAGCUCGGUGGUGACAAGUGGAAGCACGGGGCAGGAUGUGUGCGUGAUGGAGGAGGCUGCAGGAGAAGCACCAGUGGAGGAGGACGCGCUGGAGAUAGACCACCCAGCUGUUUCUCUGCUCUUCCAGUUCCUGCAGAUCCUCACUGCCUGCUUCGGUUCCUUCGCUCAUGGAGGGAACGAUGUCAGCAAUGCGAUCGGCCCCCUGGUGGCGCUGUGGCUCAUCUAUGACAGCGGCUCUGUCAUGUCCAACGCCCCCACUCCGAUCUGGCUGCUGCUGUACGGGGGAGUGGGCAUCUGCCUGGGGCUGUGGGUGUGGGGUCGGAGGGUGAUCCAGACCAUGGGGAAAGACCUGACACCCAUCACACCUUCCAGUGGUUUCAGUAUUGAACUGGCCUCUGCCCUCACCGUGGUGGUGGCAUCCAACAUUGGACUUCCUGUCAGCACAACGCACUGCAAGGUGGGCUCCGUUGUUGCUGUGGGGUGGCUGCGCUCCAGGAAGUCCGUGGACUGGCUUCUGUUCCGCAACAUAUUCAUCGCCUGGUUUGUCACGGUUCCCAUUUCCGGCCUGAUCAGUGCCGCCAUCAUGGCGCUCUUCAUUCAUGUGAUCCUCUGAACGACUGGGGUCACAAGCUGCUGUUUCCACACAUGAAACUGUAUUUUUAAAUCCGUGUAAUUAUUAUUGUUUUGUAUAUUCAGCAGUGGGAGUCAGUCAGUCAUGUUGUCUGGAAU